AUGGUAGUCAACAAAGAGACGGCAAUAAUGAGACAGUACUGGGAUCCGAACUUCCCCGACAUCCUGGAUUUGGCAAGCAAAUGUCCGCUGGCAAGUGAACUACUGGCGAUUUUCCAAAUGUUCAAAAGUCUAUCCGUUUCAAGGAAACUUCACUUAUAUUUGUUCUUUAAGAUGUACGCAUGUUCGAGAAAUGUUCUUUUUCAGGUUAUGGUAAACUCCAAUGAGCUGUACGAGUUCCCGAGGCCAACACUCGCUAAGGUAGUGAACAUUGGUGGACUAGGAGCUGAGCACAAGGAUGCCAAGCCGUUGAAAGAAGUAAAAACCGGCAAAGGACUCAUCAUCAUGUCAUUUGGAUCAGUUGCACAUACUGAAUGGAUGCCGGAACACUGGAAGACGGCUAUUCUAAAAGCCUUUUCUCGAUUCCCUGACUACCAAUUUGUCCUCAGCAUAGCAUCCGUUCCAGGUCGGCUUCCACCUAAUGUGCACACUUUCUCAUGGCUACCUCAAGCUGAUCUCCUUUCACAUCCAAACACGAAAGCAUUCAUUUCACAUGGCGGAUACAACAGCCUUCAGGAAGCGAUCAAUUCCGGCGUCCCUCUCAUCACAAUCGCCCUUUUCGGCGACCAGUUCAAAAACUCCAUGAUUGCUGCCAAGCACGGUUUUGCAGUGAAUAUCAGAAAAGGAGAAAUCAGUGAAGAGACCUUGUAUAAUCUUAUUUUAAGAUAUUCCCGUAAUGUCAAACGACUAUCGUUGAUGGUCCAGAAAAAGCCAGUCAAUCCAGAACAUUUGCUUGUCAAGUGGACUGAGUUCGUGGCUGAAUUCAGGACACUCGACAAUUUGGUUCCAGCUGGGACAAAACUCAACUUUAUACAGUAUUACUCCAUCGACGUUAUAGGAACUCUGCUACUGAUAGUGAUCACUUUUCUGUUUAUUGUUUACAAAACUGUUAAGUUGCUUGUUUUGAAGUGCUGUUGUAGGUCCAAAAAGGCUAAGAAGGAGUAA